UGCGAUGGUGUUGAUAUCAGAAACUGUUCUAGGGGUAACUGUGAUACUCAAAAUAAUAAUUACAUGUUAGACAACUACAUUAACAUAAGUGGCAUAAAUAACGAACAACUUACGACAGUUAUGAUGGAACAUUCUGACGACUGUGAAGCUCAUAUAAGUAACGAACCCAUCCUCCAGUCGCGCGAUUCCUGCGAGUCCUUCGAUGACGUGUUCAGGAGUUCCAAAUUAUACUCGAGUCAUUCUCUCGGAAUGAAGAAAUCGAACAAACGACGGAAAAUCUUCUUCCCACUGAGCUUUUCGAGCAUUUUAUUGUUGUUAUUUGUGGUCUCUUCAAUUGUACACUUGGCAUCGGCUGGAAAAAGUGAAAACAAAGAAUUGAUUAAGUCGAAGGAGCUGAAGGAAUCGAAGCAACCAAAGGAAGUAAAAGAUGAAAAGGAAAAAGAAUCAGGUAAGAAGAUCAAAAUACCUGGGGACGUGAUAUUUGGAGGACUCUUCCCCAUGCACGAAAGGGGAAACGAAGGGGAGUCAUGUGGCGAUAUAAAGGAGGAAAAGGGCAUUCAGAGGCUAGAAGCCAUGCUCUACGCCCUGGACCUGAUCAACGAGGACGAGGAACUGCUGCCGAACAUAACGCUAGGUGCACUUAUCUUGGAUACGUGCACGUCUGAUACCUACGCCCUGGAACAGUCAGUGGAGUUCUUCAGGUCAUCUCUCAGCUCCGUCCGAUAUUCCCAAGACGAGUCCGAACAAAUCCUCCAUCAAUCUUUCACACCCUUCCUCCAGCCCUCACUCGGCUCACACCUCUCAUCACAUCCUUCCUCCAGCCCUCACUCGGCUCACACCUCUCAUCACACCCUUCCUCAAGCCCUCACUCGGCUCGCACCUCUCAACACACCCUUCAUGUAA